AUGUCGUUCAAAAAGCACGCUCGCCAGUACGAUCUAGUAGUAUUCGGCGCAACCGGCUAUACUGGGUUGUUGACCGCGGAGCACAUCACAACUCACCUCCCGACCAAUUUGAGAUGGGCGGUAGCCGGCCGGUCCGUAGAUAAGCUACGAGACGUCGUUAGAACGUGCAAGGACCUUAACCCCGAUCGUCGAGCACCCGAGAUUGAAAUCUGCGGCCUCGACAACGCGGAAAUCCGUGUCUUGGCCCAGAAGACAUUUGCUCUCAUAACGACCGUCGGCCCGUAUGGGCAGUACGGAGAGUACGCCUUCAAGGCCUGCGCGGAAGCUGGGACUCACUACUUUGAUUGCACGGGCGAGGCUGUCUGGCACAUGAACAUGAUCGAAAAGUAUGAGGCGACAGCAAAAGCCACGGGCGCCUGUCUCUUUUCCCAAUGUGCCAUCGAAUCGGCACCGUCAGACCUCAUGACCUUUUCGAUGGCGUCGCUUAUCCGAUCCGAAUUCUCCGUACCGGUUAGCGACGUUGUGGUGGAGGUGCAUGAACUGCACGGUGCGCCUUCGGGCGGUACUCUUGCUACAGUUUUUGCCCUCUACGAGACCUUUCACCGGAAGGAGGUCGCGAGAUCGCAUCAGCCGUACGCGUUGUCUCCCGUGCCGAACUCAAAACAAGCGCCAAGACCCUCGCUAUUUUCCCGACUGACCGGCCUCUGCUCCAUACCGACGAUUGGUCUUUUGUCGACAUCUAUGACAGCAGGGACAAAUACGGCAGUUGUGCAACGCACCUGGGGCCUAUUCAAGCGAGAGCCCUCGUUACAGCCUUUUUUUUAUGGGCCAAACUUCACGUAUCGAGAAUUUAUGAGAGCCAAGAGCUUUCUGGCCGGAAUCGUGACGCACUACAGCCUGUUAAUUGGCGGGCUGCUGCUUACGUUCUGUCCCUUGUUUAGGAAGAUGAUGCGCCCACUCGUUUACCAGCCCGGACAAGGGGCGAGCAAAGAAGAUUCCAGUAAGGAGUACGUCGAAUUUCAAGGGAUUGCUACACCGGACGCCGAACCGAAGACCAACAAGCGGGCAUGGUGUAGGGCUGAAUAUCGGGGAGCACUGUACUCCCCCGGACCUCGGCUCACCACCGCAAUGGCUACACCCCCCAGGGCAUCAACCAGUACCAUGAGCCCGACAUCAGAGAGAACCCCUCUCCUGAGGCAGGACUCAGGCCGUCCCAAAGUCGUGCGCAACGUAACUUUCAACGCGAACCCCGUAACGAGAACCAUCGAUCCAGAUCCAUCUCCUCUAAGCUCAUCGCCCCAUACCGCCAACCGUCUCAGCUCUGCACGCGCGACAGGCUUGACGGUCCCGGGUGGCGACUCCGGUCCGCCGCCGAUGCUCUCGGCGCUAAAUACCCGUCUGCGCAGACGCAAUAGCCACGGCGCCCUCUUUACCGGCCUCCCGCCAGCAGUCGGUUCCGUGCCGAAGAUUGGUCCUCAACGAAGUUCUAAGAAUGCGCAAAAGUUGAAGCUUCUACCGAAUCCAGAACGCAACGAGGAGGGGCCAGACGAAGAGAGUGGACGGGAUGUUUAUUCACAGUAUACGCGAAUAAAAGACCCAACGGCGAGGCGUGAUGCCGCACGACUAGGCAAAGCGGAUCGCGAGAGGCUACCUCGUGUCACAGCGUAUUGUACCGCGACAAAGUACCAGAUGGACGGUUUGAUGCGCUUUCUUAAGGGCAGAGGGAAGAAUCGAGGGGCAAACCCCAAACUAAUCGACGAGUGCAUCUAUUCUCCAUACAAUUAUUCUCUCGGAAAGUCAGCGGAACGAGCCGAGGUGGUCGAAGAGAUACGACAGAGGCCGAUCCAGGCGUACGAAAGGAGACAUUCGACGGGAGGGGUGGAAGAACAUUCGGAGUCGUAUAGGAGGGAGGGCCUGCAGGCGUCGGAACAGGACGGAACGUCAGAUGUUGAGCCGGUAUUCGUCAACGGCCGGGAUGUACACAACAAUCUCGCCUACCCACCACAUCCGGACGACGACAGCGCAAUGCAUGGUUCGCAUUCGGAUUCGGAAGGUCAGCAACACGAUCCCGAUUUUGACAUCCAAGUACAUACCCCCGAGGUGUUCCUAUUUGACUACGGUGUUGUGGUAAUAUGGGGAAUGACUCUGGCACACGAGCAGCGAUUCCUAAGGGAUAUCCAGAAAUUUGAGCUCGAGAGGUUGGAUCCAGAUGAUAUGGAAACCGAGUGCUUUAACUUCUAUUACACGAGCGAGUACCAGCCGCGUAUAUAUAACGAUUUCAUCACCCUACGGGACAAAGGGAAUUACAUGACGAAGCUAGCUAUCUCGCAUGCACUCGCGCAAAGUGUCAAGACCUCACUCUUCGAAGAGCUUAUCGCCUCAACGAUAGACACAUGCAAGGAUAUACCGACGCAGAUCGCAUUGACAGGGAAAAUCGCGCUAUCGCGUGCUCAGAUCAAUAUGCAGAUCGGCGAGCUAUUCAUCCUCCGUAUCAACAUCCACCUCAACGGCUCCGUCCUCGACACUCCCGAGCUGUUCUGGGUCGAACCCCACCUUGAGCCCGUCUACCAGGCCGUCCGCAGCUAUCUGGAGAUGGACCAGCGCGUCGGCCUCCUGACCGAACGUCUCGACGUCAUUGCUGACUUGCUCGCCGUCCUCAAGGAUCAGCUGAGCCACGGCCAUGGAGAAAUGCUCGAGUGGAUUGUCAUUAUACUUAUUGCCGCUGAGAUUGUUGUUGCGGCGAUCAACAUUGUUGUUGACCUAUAUGCGGGCCUGGACUGA